AUGAACGAAACACUAACUUGCUCCUUUUUGGACAUCGAUUUAGAUCAGACGAUAGAAACGCAAACGGCCAACUUCGCUACAUGUGUCCUAAAUUCUAUCUUUUCCUUGAUUACAAUCACGGGAAAUUUCAUCAUUCUAAAUGCAAUUUGGAAAAACCGAGAACUGCAUUCGCCAUCGUUCGUCCUUUUGUUUUUUCUCGCUUUAUCGGAUCUUCUUGUUGGACUCAUUUGCCAGCCAUCUUUCGUCGCGUUUAAGAUCGCUGAACUUAGAAGAGACUUCAGCUGCUACUGCAUCUCGAGAAUGAUUCAGAGUAUAUCUGGAUGGACAACCUCUGGUGUGUCUCUGCUAACUCUAAGUGCAGUUUCAUUGGAUCGAUUAUUGUCUUUGACUCUUCAUUUACGAUACAACACAAUCGUAACAGUUCCUCGUGCGUUUGUUGCUUGCGUCUUUCUCUGGUUCUUUGCCGUCACAGUUAUGAUGUUGAGGUUCACUAUGACCAACUGGAUAAUUCUCCCUUUGAUCAUAUUACUGACAACAUUUCUCGUCACAGCGCUGAGUACCUUAAAAAUAUUCAUGAUUGUGCGCAAACAUCUUUGCCAGAUCAAGCAACUUCAACGAAAUCUAAACACUUCUCAAACGGAAACAGCCCAAGUACUUAAGUGUCGAAAAUCUGCAGUGACUGUGCUUUACGUUUACGGUCUGUUUUGGAUUUUUUAUGUUCCUUUUUGUGUAACAAUGCUUAUGGAUUCAGCCGAGGGAUACACGCUGACAUUAAAAAUCGCAUAUGACUAUGUGGGGACCAUAGUUUUUCUCAAUUCGUUUUUUAAUCCAAUUGUGUACUGUUGGCGCAUCAGGGAGAUACGAAAUGCCGUAAAGAACUUACUUCGAAAACGCGUCCUCUUAGAAAAUAACACUCGAGGCAAGUGA